UUUCUGCAUUUAGUUGACAGGCGACCCUUGGGCAGUGACUCACCGCUAGUCGUACCAUACAGCGACGAAACGAAAUGCAGAGGAAAAAAAUGCUACUCACUUAAUUAAAUAAAUGGGGGGAAAAGUGCACAUGCAACUAGUUUCCACGCGUCAGCACUCCGGAUCGUUUGCAUUUGACUUUGCAGCAUUUUUGAAUGGGCGGUCAUUAAUAAAGUGUUCAACCCCAGCUCAGUUUCAACCCCAGUCCGGUAAAUCCUCCCGCCCCCGCCUUUAGUUGAAUGAAUGGAGGCAGAGAGAAGGUAGGCGGCGCCAGAGCUCAGUGUCCGUGGCGAUCGGUACCCAAAGGCUAACUACUGCCGAGAGAGCCCCUUUUCCAAAUUGGUUUCACAGCCGAAGCAUCAUGCCGCCCUGUAAAGGCCGGACUCUGGGGAUCUCGGUGGCUGUUGCCCAUGGAGUGUUUUCCGGAUCUUUGAACAUUCUGCUGAAAAUUCUGAUUUCUCGGUACGAUUUUAUCUUUUUGACUCUAGUCCAGUGUCUGACCAGCAGCACGGCCGCCCUGACCCUGGAGGUUCUCAGAAGACUGGGCAAGAUAGAUAUGCCGCCUUUCAGCCUGAGCCUGGCCAAGGUCUUCGCUAGCGUCACGCUGCUCUCCACCCUGCAGUCUUGCUUGACACUGUGGUCACUCCGGGGACUCAGCCUCCCCAUGUACAUUGUCUUCAAGCGCUGCCUACCCCUCGUCACUCUCAUCAUCGGAGUUUGCCUUCUCAAGAAUGGCGUUCCCUCCAUCGGCGUCAGUGCAGCGGUCCUGCUCACUACCUGCGGAGCCGCGCUGGCAGGGGCCGGUGAUCUCACGGGAGAGCCCAUCGGCUACGUGACCGGGGUGUUGGCGGUGCUGGUUCACGCUGCCUACCUGGUGGUGAUACAGAAGACUAGCGGUGAGCACGCCCACGGGCCCCUGACCGCCCAGUACACCAUCGCCGUCACCGCCUCGCCCAUCCUGCUACUAUGCAGCUUCGCCAGCAUGGAUGUCAUCCACGUCUGGUCGUACCCGGGCUGGCAGGAUCCUGCGGUCGGCUGCACCUUCGCCUCUUGCAUCCUGAUCGGCUGCCUGAUGAACUUCACCACCCUGCACUGCACCUACAUCAACUCGGCCGUCACCACCAGCUUCGUCGGCGUGGUGAAGAGCAUCGCCACCAUCACGGUGGGCAUGCUGGCUUUCAAAGAGGUGGAGCCCACCUCCCUGUUCAUCGCCGGCGUGGUGGUCAACACGGUGGGCUCCGUCACCUACUGCGCGGCCAAAUACUUCGACACCAGGCAGCAGGCCAAGUACGACGACUUGGAAGAACUGAUCAAAGGGGACGAGGUGGUAGAGACAGCAUCUCCCGCAGGGGCCGCCCAGGAGUUUGAACUUCAGGGAGAUGCCGAGACAGAGCCCAGGGAGAAUGGGAGCGAGUCCACAGAAGCGCCGGGACACCAGCGCGACCAGCUGACGGAAAACUACGUCGGCGUCUGGAGGUUAUUAAGACAUUUACGGGUAUUCAAAAAGGACCUUUCAGCUCAGGAUCCCCAGUAAAUCAAUCACCAGGACCUCACUUUGCGUUGCUUUGUGAAGAGCCAAAUACAGACCAUUGAUACCUGUGCUGACACGAGAAAAUGCCAUUCUCACGUUACGAGCUGACACAAGAGGUAACCCGAGUUAAACCUCGUGGUAAUAACGUACGAU